AGUACACAUCAUGAGUCGAAUGUACUCAGACGGUCGCUUCAGUAGUGGCUUCCUUGGGAAUCGUGACAACUUAUGAAUACACUGUGGUUUGUUCUCUGUGCAUCUUUUUAAGUGAAGUGCAACUCUUGUAUUUUCUCUCUUCCUCUUCUCUGGGUGAUUUUCACAUUUCAACCACUUCCGCCCAAUUAAUCGAUCAGUAAUUUACACGAAAUUACACUUCAUUCCUCUUCUGUGAAUAAUAAAACAAAUACCGCCGUCAAUCAACUUCUCAUCAAGUUCAAAACACCAAGAAAAGCUUCGAGAAUGCUGUACAGAUUCAGUGUACAAGCGUGAAGAACCAGGAAGGUGGUUAUUAAUUAAAAAAAAAAAGUGAAAAGUAAAAUUUUCAAUCUUAAAAGCUGGAAGUGGAGAAUAUUUUGCAUAAUUUACGCUUGCCUUCACUUUCUCGUAUCGCAUCACAUUCUUUUGUGUAUCUGAUAGAACAACGGAGAAUUUUCAUCUUCAGCUGAAAUCCCUCCAAAAACCAUCCUUUCCAAGAUCUGGGAGUACGAACAGCAAGAACGGAGGAACGAUGACGGAGCGAUACGGUGAAGAAUCAUCAAUACUGUCGGAUCAAGAUGAUGUAAUUGGAGUGUCAUCGUCGGAUUUGGAGGAAGACGAUGCCGAUGAUGAGGAGGAAUUGGAGCAGGUUUCGGAAAAUGAAGGAAUGCACAUUGCAUUCAGUCCACAACUCAUGGACUCAGCGUCAAUUCGCACAGAGAUGGAGGAAACGAAUCCUAUAUCGGAAUUUACUGGUCUCCAUUCUACACUAAAACUCUUUGGAUACGGAAGUGGUCUUCUCCUGUCCACUCUCGCACUCAUCAUCCUCCUGCCACUCUACUAUGAACAAUUAAGACUCAAUGGUGAACGAUUUAAUAUCUUUGGAGCCAUUCUCUUUAUCUCCUUCACUGUGGCGUUGGUCUUUGUUGGGACAUCCGUCAUACUCGGAAGUACCAGCAAAUGGAAGGUACCCUUCUACAGACCACCUGUGCCAUGGAAAAGGUUGCUCCCCAUCGUUCUGUCCUUUGGAAUAAGUGUCAUCCUCUUCACUGUCAGCUGCUACCAGCGAGUCCCGUGCCAUCUUCAAGAUCCUCUAAAGGGAGGUGCUCUCGUCUUUUCUCUCAUCUUUUACUUUUUCUUCUGUCGAAAGGUGAUGGGAUUGCAACGAAUUUUCUCUGCAACAACCGCUGUUGUUGGGCUCUUUAUCUCUGUGGAUUAUGGACUGUGCGACGAGUUCCGGUGUCGUGGGAGUGAUGUUACCGUUACACCUGGAGAAGAAACUACUGCUUCUGUCGGUUGGCAGGGACGUGCGGUAUGGACACUCUUCUACGUGAUUGCCAUUUUCGUCUGGGCCUUUCACGUAGUUCUCCUUGAGGGACUUGUCGUCUCUGUACCAAAGAGUGGCAAAUCCAGCGUCACGUCAACAACACCGACUCAUCUGUUGAGGACAGUGUCAAGGAUUGUGGCCAAUUCUGAACCACUACUGACCCCAACGCCAAUUAAGAAGCCACCAAGUCGUCAGAGAAUCCAUCCACUUCAUAUGAUUGUUUGGAUCCAUGCCCUAAGCUUUGUCUUCAUCGUGGCAUUUGGCUGGAUUGAUAUUUUUCCAGCUGCUGGUCGGAUUAAAUCCUUCAGUCGCCACGUGUCUGACACCGAAAACACUCUUUUGUGCCACCUCAAUAUAUACAAUCGAGUACCUGAUGUGAGAAGUAACCAGGAAGAUGUAGACUUAUUGUCCAAUUUAGUUCCGGAUAGUCCACAAUACAACAGAACCGUCCAAAAGUUGCGCAGGCCAAGGAGUGCGGAGACCACUGCAGCCCCAUCCUCACUCAAUCACACGAAACUCAAUGUGGCCCGAGGGCAGUCUCAUGAGAUAGAUCCUGAGGAUUUUCACAGAAUCUUUCAUGUGGCCACACCGAAGCACACAGUGGCUGGAGUCAAUCAUACAGCUCACAAGAUUAACACGGAGCGACAUUGGCACAAGAGCAAAACACUUUUGCAGAAGAAGAAGCACCAUGAUAAAAGCAGGAAUGGAACAGAUGCUAAAUUGCCCCAUUUUGUGCUAGAAACUAAGAUUUCCGGUGAUUGUGGCCAGUGCCAGAUAUACAGUAUUCUCCUGAUUGGAGUUUAUAUAAUCUUUACGGUGUGUUUUGUGAAUUUCCUGACCGUUGCCGAAUCGGCUGUCUUCACAGUGACCGUUGUAACGUCUACUUUACCACUUGUGGGCAUUUUCUGGUCAGUUUUCAAGAUCUCCAAGACCUCAACAAUUGCCAUUUUGAUUUGGUCACCAGAGAUCUCUGGAGAGUUCAUUUGCUCCCUUCUAGGGACACCAAUUGUAUUUCUGGGCCUGGGACUCCUGUGUCGCGCCUUUGUGACGGAAAAUUCAGCAUCAUCGAGAUGUGAGACGCCAUCGGUAUCAUCCUCCCUGCGCAAUCAUUAUACCUCAUUAUCAUAAGGCCCAUACACAGGAGAAAAUACCCCAAGAUAUGAUAGUUAAAAUGACAAAUUAUUGCUCAGAGAGCGGUGGAAAAUACAUUUCCCAAUGUCAAUAAAUUUAGUGUUUUAUACUCGGAACGAGACGAGCGCAGAGUCACUCUUCUGAGUGACUACAUAAAAUUUAUUACGAUGGUGACAGUCAUAUAUGAUAAAGUUUUAAUCAAAAAGAGGUUCUUUUUCCGCAACAUCAAGUGUAGAUGUGUUAAAAGGACAGAAAUGGAUUUAUUCCUAACUUAAUGGUACUAAAUUGUCUAAUUGAAAAUAAAAUGAGAUUAACUGAAAAAUUUAUAACCCCAAGUUCAUGCGGAGUCGUGUUGAAAUAAUUGAUGAAUCUUAUAGAACUUCUUAAAACAAUCUCACCUGUUGAGCUCUAUUUUUUUCCAAUUCAACAAAUUCUGUAAAUUAAUUUAAAGUGCAAAAAGUCAAAAACAUUUAUACUAAACAAAAGAGUGCCAAACUUUUAGAAAAUUAAAAUGGUUAAGAAAAAGUUAUACUUUAAA